AUGACUCAUAUCAAUCCUCGCCUUCUCGAUGUUGGUGAAGAACAUCUGAAUGCACUUGCUCCUCUGCGUGGUUAUGCAGAGGAACCUCUUUUAUCAUUAAAAGACGCUAUUGUGAAAUUACGUAAGCUGCUCGAUGAUGUUGAUGCACGCGUUUGGACAGCUACAAGUAGAUGCAAAAGUCCAGCCGACAAACUCACUCAAGAUGAAUCAGCCGCUAUUGUUUUGUAUACAAUGGAGUGGGACCCUAGCCAUCCUAGUCUUUAUUCAGUACUGAAUCGAACGCUUCGUUUAGAAGAUCGAAGGAAACUGAUUCCUUGGUUUCCUUAUUUGAAACUGGUUUUUACCGCUCUCUUCAAAUUACCAUCAACCCGUUGCACUGUCUGGAGAGGUGUACGCGGUGAUUUACGCUCACAUUACCAACAAGGUGAUAAUGUAACAUGGUGGGCAUUCAGUUCUUGUACGACUACGAUCAAUGUGCUGGAAAGCGAUCAAUAUUUGGGCACAUCAGGCCCGCGCACUUUAUUCGCAAUCGACUGUCUAAAUGGAAAAGAUAUCAAACGUCAUUCCUACUUUGUACAGGAAGAAGAAAUAUUACUUCUUCCAUGCACACAUUUCCAGGUCAUUAGUCAUUUAAGCAGCAUGGAAAAUCUGUACAUUAUUCACUUACGUGAAAUACCACCACCGUUCAUGUUUCUUGAACCACCAAAUCGUGAGUCAGCAGCAUUAAAAAUGAUCAACAUUGUCACAGAUGAGCACAGAUUCAAAGAUAAAACAAAUAUCAGACUUGCAGAUUUAUCAAUCGAAAUUAUUAUUAUUAUAAGGCAUUCAAAUGAUCGUUCAUUGAGUUAUAGCUCUUUGCUUGAUCGAAAUGCUCCAUUAGUUGAGUCUGUUCCAUCCGAACAACAAAUAGACAUUCAUUUGAACCAAAUUGCGAGCGCAGCUCCAAUUAUCACUUCAGAUUAG